UUUUGAAUGUUACUGAUAUUAUUGACUUUACAAUGAAGCCACACCCAGCCACCCACCCACACAGACACAAUAAAUGUCUUUCACACAGGAAAUCAGCAUUCUGCCGAGUGCAAACUGCCUGUGGCCCCAUCACAUUCUCAAGUCAAGCCGAACUUGUUUGACUGAUAUCCUUCAACAAGAUGAUUAAUGAAGAGUGGCUUUGCAGCUCGUUUAGACUGUGUGAUCUAGCCACCGCCUCAGAAUCGGGUCACUCUGAUGACUCUACGCAGAUAGUAAUCAACGGUGAUUCAUACCCACGACCCGCAUACAACCCGUCAUCAAUCGAACACACCAUGGAAACAUACAGCCGUUUACUGGAUGGAACAUUAGAACAGAACAUAGAGCCCAUUCAAAUCUUUGCGCAUAUGACAGCCAAAGCUAUUCUAGAUUCAUCUGUGGGGAUCAGAGGCCCAAGUGAAUCUGUCAAGGUGAGACAGGGUGAAGUUGAGAUGCUAGCUGAAGAGUUAACUGUAAAAGUCUGUUGCAAAGCACUAGAAGAGAUGGAGAGGCAACAUCACUCUGAUGAUCCUUCCAAAAAUAUAAAUGAUAAAGGGGUUAAGGAGGGGACUAAUGAAAAUGCAUCGGUCCUGUGCUCCUCAGGCUACAACUGUGAUAAAUACGCAUUUGAAAUAGAAACAGACAAGAUGGAGGAAUAUGAUGACACACUGACCACAGUAUAUGCCAAUUCCUUGAAGAGCAUGUGCAGUCUGGGGUCUCUCGACUACCCUGAUGCUCCUCCAAGCACCCCUUUACUUCCAGAGAUGAUGAGGAGUCGAGCCAGUUUCACAAGGAAGCUAAAGGGAGGACUUGCUAAAGAGUUUCUUCCUUCACCCCCUCCUCCGACCCCCAAAGACCACAUGCAACCCUUAUUGGAGAACCAAAUGACUGACACGUCCGCUGACUUCAUGGUGAGGCUGAUGCGCUCGCUUUCACUCGAGUGUUGUCGAAACGGAGGUCUAGAAGAAGUCAAAGACAGAGAAGCUGAUGAUGGCGGACUCCAAAAUGACAUUCCCAGGCUGACUGACUAUGCAGCUCAAAUAUCUGCAGAUAUCCUUCAUUCUCUCACCACAAACGACAUAAAAGUAAAGGAUGAGGGUUGUGUGAAACGCAUGUUGGCUAUUUCUGAUCGACUAGCGAGUGAAAUUGUCACAACGUCUCUAGCAGAGGUGAUGGCGAGAGGGGAAAGGAAGGUUUUGAAGGAAGAAACAACAUCAUACUCAAUGCCUCCAGACAAAAGAUCUAGCAUGCAGUUCUCUGCAACUGACGAGGUGAAAAUUUUAGCUAAUGAGCUAAUCCUUGACGCUUUGGUUCAUGCUUUAGCUAAGCUAAGACAGGGCGUGUUUGAACAUGGAACCCAGCCACAUCUUUCGGGCCAAGCAGCAGCACCACAGCCAUGGGAAGAAGAAAGAUGUGCAAACACACUGUGUAGAGUCUCAAUCAACUCCCUCAAAGCCAAAAGAUGCUGUAACGAUAAAUCAGAACUGAACCCCAUUACAGUUGACGCCAAUGUGACAUCAUCGGUACACACAUUUUCCAACGACUUUGCAGAAGACGUGCUUCAACAUUCUGUAUGUGAUGCUUCCAGAUUCCUGUUUAACUGUAAGCAAUCUGAGGGAGCAGAAUUUGGCUCACAGAAAGACAUUAAACCACAGGUGAUUAAGAUACAUGCUGAAGAAAGUCGUCAUGUCCAGGAACUGCAAUGUGCUCUACUCUGGGCCGCGGCCUCACAGAACGGGACUUCAGCACUUCAGUUUGAUCUACCAGACACAAGCCUUCAGCAACAGCUUUGCAGACUCUCUCGGAGCGCCCGUCUGAAUGGCUGGACAGUGGGCGCUUUAAUGGCCUCUCUCGAAGAGUUUUGUGACAUGCAGCGAGCGACCAGCAGAGGACGCUAUAAGAGCUCCGAUUCUCUCCUGGAGCAUCUGCAGCACCUGAUCGACAAUUCACAUUUAAACUGAUCUGGGACCAGCUUCGCCCUUGCAGAACAGGUCAUUGAUCCGUACGACACCCCCUG